AUGCGAGUGUGGGCAUCCAGCCAGGGCGUAUGGUGCCUGCUCAGCAUGUCUGGUCGCCAGUACGCCGUUCCUGUCCAGGGUAUCCUCCGCCGGCUCUGCGUGCUGUCUCCAGGGCGCUGGGAGGGUGCAGUGUGUCCUAUGCCUGCGCUCCGCUCGUGCUGGGCAAAUGUGGGAGUGGAGCCUAAGGGAGAGGUGCGCGUAGUAGGCACUAGAUCUCCCAUGCUUACUCACAGUCCGGUUCAACCUGUGCCUGCACUCUGGAGGUUCCGGGCUAGAGUAGUUAUCCAGCCUGGGGGAGUGGUGCCAAGGCUGCGCACCAGAGCUCCAGUGCUCCCCCACAGCCCGGUCCUUCAGGUGCCUCCUCCUAACAUCAAGCCUUCUGGAGAAUUCCACUUUGAAGGCCCCUGUGUGGAUAACUACGUCCUCAAUCUCCACGGCGUGAUCAAUCACCAUGACAACGACCCGAAACACACAGCCAGGGCAACAAAGGAGUGGCUCCGUAAGAUGCAUCUCAAGGUUCUGGAGUGGCCUAGUCAGUCUCCAGACCUGAACCCAAUAGAAAAUCUUUGGAGGGAGCUGAAAGUCCGUAUUGCCCAGCGACAGCUCCGAAACCUGAAGGAUCUGGAGAAGAACAGCCUCAAUUUGUCGGGGCAUGGACUCUACAAGGUGUCGAAAGCAUUCCACAGGGAUGCUGACUCCAAUGCUUUCCACAGUUUCAUCCCAGACUCCCUCGCUGUCACUGCGCCGCCACAGACCCUCUCCCAGGUGGAGGGUGACACGCUCCAGCUCACCUGUGAGGUUUCCCGGUCGACAGAGCAGCACACACACCUGUCUGUGGGUUGGUACCUGCGUUCCCCUGAGGACGCUACCAUGUCGCCCCAGGAGAUCCUCACUCUGUCCCGAGACUUUGUCCUCCGGGCCGGUGCGCCUUACAAACAGAGGAUGACUGCAGGAGACCUGAGACUGGAUAAGACCAGCCCUACGUCCUACAGGCUGACCAUCCACCGGCUGCAGCCUGCUGACCAGGGCCUGCUCUACUGCCAGGCUGCAGAGUGGAUCCAGGACCCCGACCGCAGCUGGUUCACCAUGACCCGCAAGCAGGCUGAUAAGACCCAGCUACGGAUACAGCCCAUUGAUCGGGACUUCUCUAUCCAGGUGAGCACGGAGCGGCGGUCCUUCACAGCGGGCGAGCCGCUGGAGCUGCGCUGCACCAUCGAUGCCCAGAGCGUGCCCGAGCGCUUCUUCUCGGUGUCGUGGGUGUUCAGCAGCUCGCCGGUGGCCGUGAUAGGGCCCAGCGCUGUGCCCGUCCUGGGACUCGACUACGUGGCGCGUGAGGCCGCUGGUCACAUGACUGUGCGCAAGGAGAGCCCUACUGUGCACUUGCUUAAGCUGCAGCACCUCCGACCAGAGGAUGCUGGGAAAUACAUCUGUAGGGUCACGGAGAGGGAGAAGACACCCACCGGGGACUUUAUAGACCGGAGCAAGAGGUCACGCAACGUCCAGAUCACCGUCCAGCCCAUCAAGAGUAACGUCACAGUGUCUUUGUCCAGUAACUCGUCGGAGGUCCAGGAGGGGGACGUGGUCCAGCUGACCUGCUCCAUCCACUCCACCACGGGUCCUCUCUCUGUGGCCUGGCAGUGGAGUGAGAAUCAGGGCUCCACCCCUCCCCAGAACCUGGCCUCUGUAGACCGCGACGGGACUGUCCGACCAGGCCCUGGGUACCGUGAGCGCUCCAGCUACGGGGAGAUCCGUGUGGAGAGGGUACAGGAGGACAUUUAUACCCUGUCCCUCUACAACGCCCUGCCUGGGGACGAAGGGGUGUUCCGGUGCACGGCCACAGAGUGGGUGGAGGCCGGGACAGAGUCCGAGCAGAGUUGGGAGAAGAUAGGGGAGAAGUCAGCUACUAAGGCCAUCACUGUUAAGACCGUGGAAUCCUCCUUUGUGGUCUCUGCGUCGUCGCGGACGCCCAGCGUGACAUUUGGCGACUCGUUUGACCUCCAGUGCCUGGUGAAGCCCCGCCAUAACCCUCGUGUGCCUGCCUCUGUCACCUGGCGCUUCAUGCCCGCCAGUUCGGGCUCUUCUGGGGAGGUUGGCACAGCAGGCAUGUUCCGAGACCUGGUGACGUUUACCCGCGAGGGCACGCUGCAGUGGGGCGAGCAGCUGCUGGGCCUGGGCACCCGCACCACCGUGGACCGUUCCCAUUCCAACACCAACUUCAGAUUGUCUGUGACGCGCGCUGGGCGCAAGGAGGCGGGGACGUAUCAGUGCUCUGCCCUCCUGUGGAGGAGGAACUACGACAACACCUGGAGCAAAGUGGCCAACAGGACGUCCAACCUGCUGGGGAUCAGCGUGUUACAGCCAGUGUCUAAGCUGCGUGUGCAGAAGACCAACCAGUCCCUGGUCUACCUGGAGGACAGCCGUGUGCGCGUCAACUGCUCCGUGGCCUCUCAGACCAGCACCGACUCACAGCAUGCCAUGCUUUGGUACGUGCGCCGCGCGACGGGUGCCGAGGCCGACGAGCUCCUGCUGAGGAUUGAGCGCUCAGGUGCAUUUGAGUAUGGCGCGUACGCAGACGAGGAGAGGUUGAGGCGGCGGGUGCAGGCAGAGAGGAUGUCGCCACAGCUGUAUGCGCUGACACUGAACAGGGCAGAGAGCAGCGACUCUGGGACUUACUACUGCCUGGUGGAGGAGUGGCUCACAGAUCCAGACGGAGCCUGGUACAGACUGGCACGGGACUCCUCAGGCUUCACACAGGUCCUCGUCAGACAGCCAGGGGAGGGAGGCUGGUACAGACUGGCACGGGACUCCUCAGGCUUCACACAGGUCCUCGUCAGACAGCCAGAGGUGCGGUUACAGGUGGAGGAGUCCGAGUCUAAUAUCACCGUGUCCCAGUCCAGUUCCAUCCGGUUGGGCUGUAGCAUUCCCUCCCAGUCCUCCAGAGACUCCCGUUUCUCCGUGUCCUGGUAUGUGGAGCGCUCCUCCAUGCUCUCUGAGGAGGAAGAACAGGGGGAUGUUGAUGAGGGAAACCGGGCCUGUGUGUUCUCCAUCGGACACGACGCCGUGUUCGGGAACGGGAACUGUAGCCCAAUCGAGGAGGCGGGGCCUAACUCACGCCUGCAGUUUGAGAGGACAACCUCUGACCUCUACAGUCUGACCAUCCAGGGGGCGCGACCCGCUGACGCUGGGCGCUACUACUGUCAUGUGGAGGAGUGGCUGCUCAACCCCCGCAACGCCUGGUAUCGCCUGGCAACCAACAACUCUGAUGUCACCAUCGUCAACGUGAUCCAGCAGGUCUCCACCCUGCAGUCGGUGGUAUGUUCCAACGACUCUCUCUUCUACUUUGUCUUCUUCUACCCGUUCCCCAUCUUCGGCAUCCUCAUCAUCGCCGUGCUCCUGGUGCGCUACAAGAGCCACAGACACAGCAAAUCCCAGGAGAGCAAGAACGGCGCCCCCUUACUGUGGAUCAAAGAACCCCACCUCAGCUACUCCCCCACCUGCCUGGACCCACCCGUCCUCAGCCUGCACCCCGGCUCAGUGGACUAAGGGACAGAUCCAUAGCCCUCAUCCCAUAGUCCUCAUCGCGGACCCAACUAAUACCACGCCAGGGAGGGGCUACUCCGGACCUCCACCUGUCUAAUCACUUCUGUGUCCAAGCUGUCAAUCAAUCCGUCCAUCCAUGUAUAAUCCCACCCCAACUGUCUGCCUGUCUGUGAGUUACCCUGUAGCAGCUCUGUCAUGUGGGUGUGUGAGCAUGUGGAAAAGUGUGUGUGCUUGGAAUGUGCAGACGUGUGUAUGCAGGACAUGUGUGUAUGCAGGACAUGUGUGUAUGCAGGACGUGUGUGUAUGUAGGACAUGUGUGUAUGCAGGACAUGUGUGUAUGCAGGACAUGUGUGUAUGCAGGACAUGUAUGUAUGCAGGACAUGUGUGUAUGCAGGACGUGUGUGUAUGCAGGACAUGUGUGUAUGCAGGACGUGUGUAUGCAGGACGUGUGUGUAUGCAGGACGUGUGUGUAUGUAGGACAUGUGUGUAUGCAGGACAUGUGUGUAUGCAGGACGUGUGUGUAUGCAGGACGUGUGUGUAUGCAGGACAUGUGUGUAUGCAGGACGUGUGUGUAUGCAGGACAUGUGUGUGUAUGCAGGACAUGUGUGUAUGCAGGACGUGUGUGUAUGCAGGACGUGUGUGUAUGCAGGACGUGUGUGUAGUUUGGAAGUAUGAGUGUUUAUCUCUUGCUCUCUUUUUUUCCCUUUCUCUCUCCUUCUCUUUUCUCCCUGUCCAGUGGAAAACCGGAUUUCAUAGCUAUACUUUAUUAUUUUUAUUUCUCAGAAACAGUGGUCUGUUUUUCAAAAGAUGUGAAGAUCACUCUAGAAUGGAACAAUCUGGAAACAGGGAAAUGACAAGUCAAGGAUCCUAUAGUAUAGGUGCAUACUGUACUGUUCUGUACUGUGGACCUGGUGAGGAUGAUAAGAAAUGUCUCUCUCUGUGCUCAGUGGACUUAGCACUGAUCUCAGAGCAGUUACUGCUUGGCCUUAUACAUUAGUUACCUUAGUGAAGGCCCUCCUCCCACCGACUCCAGAGCUGUGGACUGGAAUGCCACAGAAACACUAAAACACAAAGACAAUCCCUGUGGCUUGGAAGUGGACUGUGUGUGUGAGACAAUGUGUGAGAGUGUGUGUGUUCACCCAUCUGUUUCCUCAGUGUGUUUGCGUUGGCAGACAGAGACAGACCUGGCCAACCCAUUGAACACUGCCAGACACCAGGCAUCAGUGUGAAUGCACUGCUCCUCCUCUCCAAACAGAGAGAGAAUGAGGGAAUGUGGGAGGGAAAGAAAGAGAUAGAGAAGGGAGGAGGAUAAAUGAACUUCUCUGUCCUGCUGAGGGCAUACUUAGUGCCAAUACCUUCUUAUUACACUCUUCCCUCUGCAACAAGUGUGUGAAGUUUAAAGCGGGCGAGCUAAGCCGAUUGGCUCUGAGGCACUCUGUAAAUAUGGCUACCGACCCCCUGCUGGAGGAUUAUGGGCCUUGUAGGCAUAAAGUGAGAUUUUUACGCUUAUGUUAAACCUGUUGAGCCGUUUUUGGCAUAAAUGUGUUGACACAGUGGAAAUUAUUGACUGAAAUGAAAUUCUCUGCCAUUUUAAACGUUGUCUGCUAUAGACUUUAAUUAAUGGAAACAAGCUGUUCAGCUCUCAGAAAUUCCUGUAGAGGGGCGGUGAGACACAACGCAUAUCAUCACUAGAGGGGUGUAGAAGUACAUGCAGUUUACCACACACACACACACAGAGAGAGAGAGAGAAACAUCCCCCCAAAAACAGCAGAUUAACAAUACCAACACACCAUUCAAAUGAAUUUCAAGUGGGCAAUUUUAUUUAGAUUUUUGAACCUUUCAUUUAGAUGUUUUAUUUUAUACUGUUUUGCAUAGUUUAUGUACAUUUUCUUUUUGUUUUGAAAUUCUCCAAGAACUGCUCUUCUACUUGUGUUGCCAGGCAACCACACCACACAGAUACAAAAUCAUGAUAACCCUUUUGCUGUGUGUCCAUAGUAACAGGCACCGAAAUGUCGUAGAUAUAGAAAUGCUAGAUUUGUUCUGCACGCUCAGUGGCAUCACAUUGAAGAUUGUCAUGAAUGGGCCAGUGUCAACACUGUAUUAAUGAACUAACUAACUGCUCUAUACCUGUAUUGGAAACCUAGCAGCUUCACUAUAUUAGUAUAUACAGUAGAUUAACAGCAAGAGUCACACAAUGGAUCCACUUGAAGCUUUUUCUCAUCUUGUUUAUUUAUUGAAGUGUACCGUGGCACCUAGUUAGGAUGUGUGAGCUCCAUAGAAAUGCAUUAGACAAACGGCCAUAGACUCUGUAGUGGACUGGAUGGAAACCGUCCUCUCUUGGACUGUGGACUGGGUGGGGAGCAUGCUCUCUGGUUCCCCCUGACCUGCAGUGCACAUGGCAGAAGGGUUGAGAAUCUGUGUCACGUUCCCAAAGUAUGGAAGUGUGACAUUCCUGUUCCGUAAAAUAACCCUUUCACUGCCAGACCGACUGAAAGCUCUCGUCAUUCUCUUCUCAAUCGUGUCAAAAUGUAUAUUGCAUGACAAUAUUGCAGGAGGCAUUUUGAUGUUUUGUAACCUUUGAACUCUUGAGCGUUGUGUUUGUGUAACAGAACAAUGCCAAGCCCUCCACUUCCUGUGCCAAGUGUCAGACGGAUCUAUAGAAGUGGAAGUUACUUUCAACUGUAGGUUUAUGGGGGAGUUUUUUUAAAUGUAUUUUUAUUUGCCAUUCAAAUCCUGAGAUGGUUAAAGCCCUCAUCACGCGUGUCGGUUGACAGCUAUCGAACAGUGCAUUCAAAGUGUAUGUGGGUUUUCUAUAAAUAAUGGGGACAAUGUGUGACAUUGUGAUCAAAAUUAUGUUCAGGCAGUUCCACAUGUGUACUUAGAGGAAUAAACGUGAAUAUAAGCAAAUUGGCCCUAUACAACAACAUGACUGUAUAAGCAUGGCAAUUCAAAUUCAAGGACUUUCAGAUACUUUUUUAAGCACUUAAUUGUCAUUUUUAAGGAUCUCAAUGUUAUACAACUGUAUAAUGUACAUAUAAGGCCUAAUAUAGAACCCCCAAAAAGCGUGCAACAGGUGUCAAAAGGGUAUAUCAAACAUAUUCAAGUUAUUAUUACAUUCUAGAAUAUGAGAGAAUGUGUACAUUUCCUGACUAAAUAGAUGGGUUGCAUGGCCGUGUUUCUGUAGUCUAUGUGGCCGACGCAGGCUCACAUAAUAAAGCCAUGAAUAGCGGUAGCAUUAAUCUCUCCAUUUGAAUCUCCCCAUCGCUGUUUUUAUCAUGAGAAAGUGACCAAAAAACAGGUUUCUUUUUUAAUGGAAGGAAUUGUAUGGAAAGCCAAGUUGUAGCCAACAUUAGAUGUUGUCCUCCGCAUAAUUACCACAACAGAGUAGUGCAACACCCAUCAAAUGAAGCUGUAGAAAACUAACAAAAGUGGCCUCUCUCACAAAAACUGAUAUCUCACAAAAAAAAAAUGUUUUAAUCAUAGAUCUUUAUAAGGGACCAGGAGAUCUUAGAAAUUGGCUAUAAUAAUUACAAUAACUUUUCAAGAGCCAAACUGAUUUCCAAGGUAGGCAGGCCUAUUCCAAUACUUUAAUUUCUGAACUCCAGAUCUCCUCUAGAGCAGUGAUGUUUUGGGGCUGUUGCUGGGCAUAGAAAGGCCGUGUAUGGGUGUUUAGAACUAGGAUAUGCUACCUAGUUAGGUCAGCAGCACAUUGUUACCAUAUUGUCGACUCUAGGCUAGAUCUAUGCAUCACUGAGUUAGAUGCCAGUUGAAAGAGUAGUUCAAGGCAACUGUGCAUGACCCUGGCCUGAACCCAGUACCUGGUCCAACAUCAGAGGUGGACCCUCCAUCUUAAACUUCACUUUUGAAUUGGUUUUGCCACAAUUCCGUCAUAAAGGAAUUUGACAAUCCCAGGAUCUCUGACUCUGAACCACGAAGUGGAGGGUUGGUGUGUGAUGUCACAGUGCCACCGUGAUUGAAGCUGUACAGUCGUACUCUGAAUGGUGUUUUUGUAGUAAUCAACAUCCAUAGACGCCUCCUCAACGUUAUCCAGACGUUCUGACGGUGUUGUAGCUGUGUUACGAGGGCUGCAUGUAGUGGCUGUGUGCUGGCUACAGAUUUAGCUGUAAAAUAACUUUUGGUGAUGUGUUCAGUUCAGCCAGUGCUGCUUUUCUCCAGUGAUGUAUUUUUCUGUUAAUUUUUUUAUCUAUGAGAAAUAGUGCACUGAAAUUAAAAGGAAGGCCAUAGCUUUUUUAACUGCUUGUGUUUUUUGUUGUAUGACAUGUUUUUGUAGAUUUAUAGUCACAUUCCAAAUGAUUGGCACCCUUGAUAAAGAUUAGCAAUAUACUGUAUAAAAUAAAUACAAAUACUGAGCUACAUUGUAUGCUUUAUUUAUUUAUUUUAAUUAUAUUAUUUUAUACUAAUACAGUUGCUCAGAUUUUUGUUUAACAAGUACUACCUUUUCUUUAUUUGUACAAGUACUACCUUUUCUUUAUUUGUACAAGUACUACCUUUUCUUUACAAUACUUUGUGCACCCUCUCCUGGCGAGGAUAACUGUGCCCUUGGGGUUCUUGUCUUGGCUAAAAUGUCCUGGUAUUUGGUAGAGUUCAUGAUAAAGUUAACCUUAACAAGGGCCCCAGGACCAGUGGAAGCAAAACAACCCCAUAACAUCAAAGGUUCAUCACCAUCAUUUACGGUAGGUAUUAGGUUCUUUUCUGCAUAUCCAUCCUUCAUACGAGGCCAAACCCACCACUGCUCUGCUUCAACUGACCAUAGCUCACAGUUCCAAUCCAAGUGCCAAUGCCAUUAUUCAGACAAAGCAUUUACAUAUGUUGGUUGCUCUCAAUGGAGGCUUUUUUUUGUCUAAUUGUAGAUUUGGAGACUUGGUAACCCCGACCAAGUUCUUUAAUUCUUCAACUGCGGACCUUUAUUUUCCUCCUGAACCAUCUCUCACUGUGCGUGGGGAUAAGAUACACUUGGGUCCUCUAUCAGGCAAGUUUAAUAGUGUUCCAGUUGAUUUAAAGUUUGUUCAUUUUUGCUUUAACAGCGGUAACUGGUAUUAAUAGCGGUAUAUUUGUUUGUUUGUUAGUUUAUUUGUACCCAUUGCCUGAUUUAUGAGUCUAAAACCAUUUGUCUCCAUUCAUGAGUUCUUUGCCUUUACCCAGGGUGAUGGAAGACAAUGGAAUUUCACAUGUGUGUUACCUCAUUUUAUACCCCAGUGAAACAGGAAGCCACGGAAGGCCACCAUACAGUUCCUUAAAACUGAGAUUAACUUUAAAAAGUAGACUGUUAAUGCAGAUACAUUUAUUCAAAUGUUAAAUAGUAUAUAAGAAUCUUUAGGGGUGGCAAACAUUUUCACGUGUCAUUUUUAGAGUUUUUAAAACUUGUUAAACAAUCCUUCUCUGAGCAAAUGUAUUAGUAUGAAAUACAAUGUUCCAUUUUGAUGAUGAUACAAUAUAGGUAUUUUAUCUUUAUCAAGGGUGCCAAUACAUUGAGAUGUGACAUUAUAUUCCAUUGAAUAGUAACCAUAGCUGUCAUUAGAAAGGCACUUUGCUAUUCUGUCAGUUUAUUGCAAUAAAAACAUGUUAAGUGCAACCUUCAGUGUUGACAUUA